GUUCCUCUCUUUGUCAUGCUGCCCUUGGACACUGUGCAUGAGGAAGGGGGAAAAAGUUUCCUCAGGGAGCCAGAGGUCCUGCGGCGAGACCUCAUGCGGCUGCAGAGAGCAGGCGUACAAGGAGUUAUGGUCGACGUUUGGUGGGGGAUCGUAGAGCGAGAUGGACCAGGCAAGUACGACUGGUCUGCGUACAUGGAGCUGGUGAAGAUGGUUGCGGAGCUGCGGAUGAAGCUACAGGCUGUGAUGAGCUUUCAUCAGUGCGGAGGGAACAUCGGAGACGCCUGCUUCAUCCCCCUGCCCAAAUGGGUGCUGGAGAUCGGAGACUUCAAUCCCAACAUCUUUUACACUGACAUGUCCCUGAACCGCAAUCGGGAGUACGUCUCACUUGGAGCAGAUGAGGAGAAGAUCUUCUAUGGGCGAUCGCCUCUGGACAUGUACGAGGACUUCAUGCACAGCUUCGCCACCACCUUUGCUCACUUCAUCCCCAACGUUGUCAUCGAGGCUCAGAUCGGCCUCGGGCCUGCAGGAGAGUUGCGCUACCCCUCCUACCCCCUCGCCUUCUGGAACUUCCCCGGCGUCGGUCAGUUCCAGUGCUACGACAAGUACAUGAGGAGAGAUCUGAUCAGAGCAGCCGUGCGUGCUAAGAAGCCCGAGUGGGGGCUUACCUGGCCCCCGCAUGCGGAUCAGGUCGGCAACUACAACUACUCCUCGGAGCAUACGGAAUUCUUCAAGGACGACGGGCUGUGGCAGACUGAGGCCGGUGCGUUCUUCCUCGAAUGGUACUCCAACUCGCUGCUUCGGCAUGGGGACAAGGUUCUUGCGCGAGCAAGGAGGGCGUUCAAGAGCACCAACAUCCUCCUGGCUGCCAAGGUUGCAGGGAUCCACUGGGGCAGCAAGACUAAGAGCCAUGCGCCGGAGCUGACGGCUGGAUACUUCAACACUUGCAAGCGCGACGGCUACAAACCCAUCGCUGAGAUGUUUGCGAAGCAUCGGGUGAUGUUCGACUUCACGUGCCUUGAGAUGAAGAACGAGGACCUGCCGGACUGGGCCCGCUCUGCCCCUGUCGACCUCGUGGAGCACACGAGGAGGGCGGCGGAUCGUGCAGGCUGCCUGUACGCAGGAGAGAACGCUCUCCCCCGCUUCGACCGGCAGGGCUUCGAGCAGAUCAUCAGGCAGUGCGCGCAUCGGAGUGGGAGCAUCGCGUCUUUCACGUACCUGCGGCUGGGGGAGCAUAUGAUGGACUCGGAGCACAACUGGCUGGAAUUCGUGAGGUUCGCUAAGGAGAUGCAGAUAGGAUGCAACAUCCGGACGUGGAACGCUCCUCCUCGCUCCCGCCAGUCUCGCCGCGUCGUCGACACCCACGUCCACAUCCCCGAGUCCUCCCUCUCCUCCAUCUUCGAGUUCGGAGGGACGCAGCUCUACACUCCUGCCGGUGCUCCUACCAAGACCUCCUCCCCGGAUGCGCUCGUCACUGGCGACCUCCCCGAGCCCCGCGUCCCUCGCGUCAGGCCCGGUGUUCAGGCAGGGACGACGGCAGGAAGGAACGGAGUGCCAAACCAGGGCAAGCAGACGAUUCACAUGCUGCCCAAGGUGUCGACACCUGUGCUGACUGGAGAAAGGUUCGUGCUGUAGGCGACAGACGAAACCCAGGCUCCCUCCAUAGUCGUGACUUUCUCUC